AUUCACCAAAGCCAAUUUCAAUCAAUACGUUCUCGAGAAAUGUAAGGUAGAUUGCCAAGGAAUUAUGGAAACGAAGAAAUAUCGAAUCUGCAUGUUUUGAUGUAUAAUUUUAGUUUGCUAAAUCUACACUCAAAUUUUCCGGAAAACGUUUUGUGACAAAAAUCAUUAUUAAUUGUUAGCGUUUCAAGUAUUUCUUUCAAUAACGGAACAGGAUUUAUCCGAGACCCAAAUUCCCUGCCCGCUUGGGCCGAAUGCGGCCCUGCCGUCCUCAUUCCCACUUCCAAACAGCAGGUCAAACCUGGAAUGGAUGGAAAGCGGUCACCAGUGUACAGGUGUUUUUAAAUUCUCUCAACCAUAUACCGUACGAUUUUUUACUUUGCCCAUCGCACUGUUGGCCGUAUUCCUUCGAAAUUCCUCCGCAAAACAUUCCUGAUAGUGAUAAUAAGGUUAUGUGCAAAUUCGUCGCUGAAACAAAAAUCUAGUGCAUACAGUGUGUCGGGAUCCUUGGCUGCGUGUUCCCAAACCCAAAGUAACGUUACUUUUGCCGACGUGUACCUGCGGCGAACCUGUAUCAGAUUGGGAACAGGUACUAAAGUGGAAGCGUCAUGCAAGUCGCCCGAUCUGAGCCCUAUUGAAUUCGUGAAAAGUUUCGAAAGUGCGACCAGCGAAAACUAUAGGUUAUUUGCUUCGACAAUUUCGCAAUAAAAAUGGUCAACGUCCUUUGAAGGAAGAAAAACAAACAUUGGGGGCAUUACAGGUGUUGAUGGCUGGCGACGGCGCCUUCGCAGCAGAAAACAGGUGCCUGUUGAGGUGAUCAUGGCCAAUACGACAGCUGAAAAUGAGGCAGAUUCUGGAAGCGGCAUUGCUACCACCUUAGCUGUCCCAGAUAAUGUAAAUAUUAAAGAGGAGGAGGAUCAGAAUGACGAAAUGGUCACAGGUUCGACGAACUACGAUUCCAGCGACAGUACCUCCCUGUCAAAAUGCCUGCGCUGCAGCUUCGAAUCGCCCAGUCGUGUCGCCUUAGCAGCGCACGUUGCGCAGGCGCACGGCGAAGCCACACCGGCCGUGGCUGCAGCCGAUGUCAAAACAACGCCGGUGGUCGUAGUUCCCGCUGUCGUGGCACAGAUGGCGCCAGCGGCGGCGCCCGCUCAAGCUGGCAACACCGCGGGCGACAGACAGCACAGGAAGAUGUUCGAGUGCGAUGUGUGCAACAUGAAGUUCAGCAACGGGGCGAAUAUGCGCAGGCAUAAGAUGAGGCAUACCGGUGUUAAGCCGUACGAAUGUCGAGUCUGCCAAAAGCGGUUCUUCCGCAAGGACCACCUCGCCGAACAUUUCACAACGCACACGAAGACUUUGCCCCAUCAUUGCCCCAUUUGCAAUCGCGGCUUCCAGAGGCAGAUCGCGAUGCGCGCACAUUUUCAGAACGAGCACGUCGGGCAACAUGAUUUGGUCAAGUCGUGUCCACUUUGCAACUACCGGGCCGGGAGUAUGAAGAGUCUCAGGAUACAUUUCUUCAACAGGCACGGUAUUGACCUAGACAACCCAGGCCCCGCAGGCUCUCAAGCAGCUCUCCUCCAGCAAGCCUUCCAACAACAACAAGCCGCCGUCGAUGGCCUGACGGCGCUGUCACAACUAGCAGCAGCCAGUCAACCCUCUGGAGGCGGUGGCGGCAGUUACAGCGAUUCCGGAGAGUCCACCGGUAACAGAAGUACGGAUAACGCUACGCCGCCGAUGCAUUUCCUUACGCCACAGGUGGAGAUCAGCAUGGCUGACGGACCGGCCCAGAACUCGGUCAACAGUAAUUUUGAGCUUGAUCAGAAGUACAACAACAAUAACAACCAGCCGAACAGCCGCGUGAACGGCGAGUGCCCCGCGUCGCCCCAAUCUGGCGAUUCGAAUUCGAACGCUCCCACCAGCAGCCUGGCACAGUCUGGAACACUCAGGAUCGAUCAGGAAACGAGCAUCACACCGUCCAUUUCGUUGAUACCCAUAAAGCAGGAGCCUGGAGAGGAGUAUGAGGCAGCUAAGAAGAAUGGACCUGUUAAUCUCAGCACAUCACCUUCAGGUAGUGUCCAAAUGCAAACAGCCACCUCGUCGAGCCUCAGCAACCUGAUCAAAGUGUCCCCCCUGAAAAGCCUACUUCGCGAUGACCUGAAACGAAAGAUCGUCCAACGCGGCGGGGGCACAGGGAACGGCGGUACCCGUGGGGGCCGUGGGGCGGCGUCCCCCACUGCCGCGGGCGCGGAUGGAUCUCCGCCUGCAGCCGAUCAAGGGUCCGGUGCGACGAAUGGGGCCGUGUGUACCUCCACGGGGCCUGAGCAACCAAGCGAGAGCAGUUUGUGGAGGGGAAUGGGCAAACGAGCGCUGUCAGGGCAUCUGUUUGAUUUCUCCCCCAGCCUGCAGUGCGUGUUCUGCGGCAUCGGCUUUCCGGACCAGACUCUAUACUUCCUGCACAAGGGCUGUCACUCGGACGCGAAUCCAUGGAAAUGCAACAUUUGCGGCGAACAGUGUUGCAACGUGUACGAGUUCAACUCGCAUCUGCUCAGCAAGAGUCACCAAUGACUCGGUUAGGAACGGGGAGGACACUUGGUUGUGUCUAUUAUGUUGUUUUGUAAGGUUCAGUGGGUGACUUAGAACUUACUUUGGGUAAUUGGCCGGAGAAAUAAGAGAAAACGACACGUUCUUCGGGACAGUCGCAAAGGCAGCACGCAAAUGGCGAGAAACAAUUACAAAUUUUUGAAAGCUUGGUACGAGGUCUGUAAGUUAAGUGAUAAGAUGCAUGAAAUUGUUGUCACUCAUCUUCAGAACACAGUAGGAAAAACUAUUUCACAAAAAAAAUCUCGACGGACAACCAAAUGACUCGAGAAAGUUCAAACUCAUCACCCAAUUUACAGACCUCGUAUGUGUGAAAAUUUUUUCAGAUAUCAACUUUGGAGUAUGAUGAAAGUUGCCUUUUCAAGUGGCAACUAGAUUGUGUAUCGAAUUUUGAGCAAAAAUACAGUGUGUUUUGUAUACAAGCAAAAAUAUAAAAAAAUCCAAAAAUGUCGACCUUUAUCGCUUCAUAACUAAAAAACCUCAACAAACUUUCUACAGAUGUUCCGUAGGUAUCAUCCGAAACGACUUUGGUUUGCUGUCCUGACAAAAACGCUAAUUCCCUGGUCUAUAGUCUCGAUAGCAGAUCUCAGAAUAUAUAUACAGGGUGCUUGACAAAUUCCCGACCCCCUCCCUAUCUCGGAAAAUACUGAGAAUACGGAAGAAAAAAUAACUAAGACAAGAGUUGUAGGAACAGCCUAAUGGUGAUCUUGCAAAUGACCUUGACUUUGGCCUUAAAGGUCAUUUCAAGGUCAAAUUGAAAGAGGGGAAAAUUAUAAGUUGGGAUGUCGUUGGACAGGACCUUGACUUUGAAGGUCAUUUUAAGGUCAAAUUGAUCUUGUAUGCGAUCCUAUACUUUUGACCCCGAAAAUCUAAAGAUGGGAAAAUCCUAAUAUUGCGUAUGACCUUGACCUUGAAGGACAUUUUGUGGUCAAAUUAAUUUUCUAAAAUGCGACCCUUAUACCUUCGAUGACGAAAAUCCAAAGAGGCGAGAACUGUUAGCUUGGAUAUCACCUUUUUUUUAUACUCCAACUACCACGAAGGCCUAAGGCCUAAACACCCAUUGGGUACCGUGGGGCUAUAGCAGGAUACAGGGGAAAGGGGGAACGCCACACGGACUCUGGCGAGGGAACACGUGUGCAUGCAACAUGCACACAUUCUGGCUCCGCCUACGAGAUCCGCCGGGUGGUACCUCCGCGUUCGACAGUCAGAGACCGUCUACCACCUACGGACAAUCACAACAUCCAUAACCAAGGGAAAAAUUUCUCCUGGGACGGGACUCGAACCCGCACAGCGCACGGCGACUGAUCAGGAGACCGAAGAGUCUACGACUGCGGCCACCGCUGCUGCCUGAUCUUGAAGGUCAAUCUGACUUCGAAAGAAUCUCGGCAUGAUACGGGACAUUCAGACUAUUGUAGUGAGACGCUGUAUAGAAAUGUGAUGACAUUCAAGGUCAUGAUCAAGGGCAUCCAAACUUCAAAUUUUCUCACAUUUUAGGUAAAGGUUCCCAUUUGAGGAAAUCGCUUUGAACUUGAAUGACCGUUAAGGUCAAGAUCAUAUCGAAACUUAGAAUGUUCUCCUGUUUCGAUAUCCGGGGUCAACAGUUUAUGGUCCUAUUUAAGAAAAUCGCUUUGACCUUAAAACGACCUUCAAGAGCAUAACCAACCGUGAUUCCCUUCCGAUUUCCGAGGUAAAAAGUGUAGGGUCUAGCAAUUGACCUUCAUAUGACCCCCAAAGUCAAGAUCAUGGUCAAUUACAUAUCCAAACUUUGAAUUUUCCCCUUUCGAUUUCAGUACUUUCAAAUGACCUUAAAAAGGUCAAGGUCAUUGUUAAUGCCACUAUUAGAUUGCUUACAUAAAAUCCUACAAUAUUUGCCGGACAGUAUUUUCUGAGAUAGGGGGGGGGGGUAAUUUUGGAACACUGUAUAAUCCCAGAAAUCUGAGAUCUGGUUGGCACCAAUUUGUCUUCAUUUCCAUUAAGUUGGAGUUAUAACAUUCUGAUCUUGGGUCCAGGUUUUGUUGUCAGAACAUUUUUAGUUUGCAAAAGCCGGCCUUUUUUCAAGACCAAAAAAGGAAGGAGUCAUGGAUUACCAGACAGACGACAGACCGAUAGAAAUGAUUAAUUUUUUACCGGAUAUGUCACACAAUACCUAAAAAAAUAUCUUGGUUUUGAUAUGGUUCGUGAUUACGAUAUUUCUCCGCCAUUUGACAUGGACAAUAAAACGAAUUUUUGCUGUAAGUUCUAGGUCACUCAAUAUCUAUAUUUGACAAAUCGCAACAUAUCCAGAUCUAUUUAGGUUUUCAGUUCGUGAAAUAUCAGGCACACAUUUCUUAUGAAAAUUGAUAUCGGUCACAUUGACUCACCGUCUGAUGUUUACGGUUUUAGUUAUCCGCUCUAAACAUUCCCGAAAAUAGAGUCAACACUCAGAAUAUUUGAUAUUAUUCGAGCAAAAAAAAUCUCGAACAUAUUUCUAUUAAGACUUAAGUGCCUUUUGGUAAUACUGUGGCUUAAGAAACGUAUUCUAAAAAAUUCAUUCCAUGAAAAAGUAAACAUUCCACAUACAUACAAGUUUUGUUUUAGGAUAGGUGUUGAAAAGAAACCAGAGGAAGUUGUUGAUCAUUUUUGUUAGUUACUUUGUUUCUACCUAUCAAGUAGGAAUAAAAAUACUUAUGAAAUUUAGAAAAUAUUUUUUUGGGAACUGACUAUGACGUAUUGAAAUUUAAAAAGUUGCCUUGAUUUUAUGGUGGAUUUAAUAUGACUUAUUCCAUUAAAUAUCUCUUAAAAAUGUUAUGAUGUUUCAGUUGGCGUUGAUCAUGCGUUUUUAACUCUCCAAUGCCCACAGCCCGGCAAAUAUUUAUUUAUAUGUAUAAUACAUUUUAUUACAGAUUAAAAAAAUAACACUUUUAGCACUUGAAAUUAGAUUUUUGCUUCGAAGUGUAUAAUACAGUUUAUUACCUAAUGUAAAAUGAUUAUUCUAUUUUUCUUCCAAAUUAUAUUUCGGAUUGAGUGAGUGUUUAGUUACAGAAAAAGUAGAUACCUGCUAAUGAAAAAUAUAGGCUAACCUCAAAAGGGCACAAAAUGUGGUCUAAAUAACAAUCACGUUAUUCACGUUUCUACCAGUCUAAGGAAGUUAUAUCAAUUUUGUCUUUGCAAAUUGAUGAUCCUUUUCAUCUCUGUACACAGCACAAUUUAAGGCGGGAUUUUUGAAAAAUAUUGAUAAUGGGUAUUGGAGGGUUAAAUCUGCCAAUAAUCUUUUGUUGUUUAUAUUAAAAUCAGGAGUUGGGAAUUGAUUAGCGGUAAACGUUUGUUGGAAAUAUUUUAUAUGGGUGCCUUCCUUAACAUUAUAUGCUCAUUCAACCGUGGUUGUAGAUAUUUUCAGGGAAGUAGACACUCCCAAAAUGCUCAUCUUGUAGCUCGAUUGAAAUUUGCACAAUAAUAUUAUCAUUGUUGUUGAAUAAUUUUAAUACAUAUGUAGAAUUGUUGUUAGUUUAUAGACAACUUCGCAUUUUUUUGUAAAUACUAUAAUGCAUACUUAUAUCGCAACAUUUACACAAAUCGAAAUGAAACAAAAUCAAAAUUUUGUGAUAAGGUUGUUAACGCAAACAUUCCUAAUAUAGGUAACUAGAGAUUUAUUUACCAUGUAUUUUUUACACAAUUUAAUUUUUGACGAAUUUCCUUUUACACAAAUUGUUUCAUUAUUUUAUGAUGCGUUCAGAUUUUUCUGAAUGAGUAUGAAGUCAAAAAUUGGUUUUGGUUUUGUAAAGGUUUCUCAAGAUGGAUUAUUUUUUUAAAUACUGUUGCCUUAGACGAAAACUGAAUGUUGCUCUGAAAAUUCCGUCCAAAAAUAUACUGUUAUACAAUUGUUCAUGAAAUAUAUAUUUGUAUAUUUACUAUUAUAGUAUAGAUUUUAAGCAUUUAUAAAGUGUUGUUACACAAGUGGGUAAGUUUCUUAAGUAAACAAAAAACAAUAUUUUUUUAUACAUUCCAUAAAGGUUAUUAUAUUUUCUGCAAGAUUAAAAAUGAAGUGCAUUUGUAUAGUAUUUAUUUAUAUCUCUGAUUAAAUUUAGUGCAAUAACUUGUGGCGACAUAUUUUUAAAGGAUUCGAACUCUUCCUGUUUUUGAGAAAGAUUUAUUUGCAAUUUUAUAGGUUUGUUCUGAGUUUAAAAUUAUCGGGUUCGGUAAGCCAAGCAGCUGUUUUCUAACAACCUAGGUCCCAUAUCGUUUUUGCCUUAAAUCAAGCUACACUGUUGACAAUUUUGAAUUGUGAAGUGCAGACCUGCUAUAUAAAUGUAUAUUUUUACAUUUAAUCUUAAGUUACGCUUAUUUAAGUAUCUAUUUUCUACUUUUUUUUCUGUAAACACAUACAUUCCAUCUAUAGCAAAAUGUGAUUGUAAGAAGAGAGAACCUGUACCUAUGUUAUAUUUAUUUAAUAUUUAUAUUCAGUUGUGGAUGGCAACUUGUUAUAUUUGGUGAAAGGGGAAAAAUAAAGUUUCAU